UUUUUCACAAAUUAGAUCCAAGUGGAUUUGGCGGAGGGUGGAGGUUUUACGUACUACGUAUGUACGUAACGUUGUACGUACGGACUAGUAAAACAGUCCCCAGUAGUAGUUCUACCAGUCCUUAUUCUGUGACCAUACCCCAGCACUGUACCCCACACAUUUCUACUCCGUGGCUCAUACUUGAUAACUUGAAAAACUUGAGUUAUCAAACCUAAAGUACAAGUUUACGUAGUACAUACAUACAGAAGUUAUUGUACAUACGUACAUACAAUAACUCAUUGUAGAAGUUGAUCCAAUAGCUGAGAGAGUGUCGAAUCACAUAACUAUCUUAAGUUUCAUCGUAUCGCCAGUUUUUCUGAGAAAACGACUGGCAAACGCUGGCAGUUACAGAAAAAUAACCACCAAAAAGGAUUCUAACUUGAGCUUGGUGAUAAUUUGGCGUAUAUUCGUCAUAACAAAUAGACAAGAUGAACCAAGCAAAUGUAACAAAGCUCAUUUCUAAAUUGAAUAUUCACGUACCCAACAGAUCGAGAAAAUUAAAAAAUCCAGCCGGAGGCGAAGGGCGAUUGUUAAAAUUGAGAAAAACACUGACUGCUCUUGUUAAAUAUGAACGUAUUGAAUUAAAUUUUAACAGAGCAGAAGAAGCGAGGGGCUUCAUAGAACGGUUAAUAUCCGAUGCAUUGAGGCAUGGGCCAGGUCACAAUGAGACGAUGGAGAUGGCAGAUUACUGGAUCUUGGAAAAGCAAUAUGUCCAUAAAUUAUUCAAAGUUCUAGUUCCCCGCUACACCAACUUUACAACUUCUUAUACCGCAAUGUAUAAUGCACCGAGGCCCUAUCCUGGAGAGUACUAUAAAAAAUCUGUCCUCGAGUUGAAAGGUAACGUCUAUCCUAGCUUGCAUCAAGCAUAUCCCCAGAAGCGUAACCUAAUACACAAUAUCUUACUUGAGGAAGCUCGAAAAGAGUUUCGCUUGAAAAAGUACAAUGAGAUUGUCAACAACUUUGAGCAAUAAAAAGCCCAGACAAUCCAAAUAGUACAAACUGUCUCUUCAAUUUAUCUACAGAUUAAAUACCAUGUAAUAUGCAACUGAGAAUAAAACAUUACCUAAAAAUCAA